GCUCGCUCGCGGGGUGGCAUCCGCGCUCCGCGCGUGGCGAUCGCACGCAGCCGGAGCCGCGAGCGCGCUGCAGCCGAGGAGAUGGCCGCCACCCGGGGAGGGGCUCCCGAGUGGCGGUUCUUCCAGGUGUUUGGCGAGGAGCAGCCCGACGGCGCGGGCGUCGAGGACAUUCAGGAAGCGGAUUUGCUUUCGGCGCUUGAUUUUGACGAGACGGGGAAUUACCUCGCCACCGGGGACCGAGGCGGGCGGAUUGUCGUUUUCGAGCGAGCCACGCCCGAUGAGCAGCAGCUGACUCCAGACGACCAGCGGCCCUGCCCGGCCGCAGCGCUGCGGGCCAAAGAGAAGGCGCAGUACCGCUUUCUGACUGAGUUUCAGUCGCACGAGCCGGAGUUUGACUUUCUCAAGUCGCUCGAGAUCGAGGAGAAGAUCAACUCGAUGCGGUGGUGCAAGGGGACCAUGGGGUGCAAGAUGCUCUUGUCGACGAACGACAAGACCAUCAAGCUCUGGAAGGUGUACGGCAAAAAGAUCAAGACCGUGUCAAACAUGAACAUCGAGCCGCGCAACGGGUGCGCGGGCGGCCCUGCCGCGGUGAUGCGGGGCAGGGGCCUCCGCCUCCCAUUGAUGGCGACCUGCGAGCGCGUCGUCACGGCGACGCCGAAGCGAACCUUUGCGAACGCGCACGCGUACCACAUAAACUCGGUGGCGCUCUGCUCCGACGGCGAGUCUUUCCUCUCCUGCGACGACUUGCGGCUCAACCUGUGGAACUUGCGAGACGCUAAGUGCUGCUUCAACAUAGUCGACGUCAAGCCGGCAAACAUGGAGGCGCUCUCCAAGGUCCUCACGUCGGCCGACUUCCACCCGAUCGACUGCCACACCUUCCUCUACUCCUCCUCUCGCGGCUGCGUCCGCCUCGGCGACAUGCGCGCCGCCGCCCUCUGCGACGCCAGCGCAAAGUCGUUCGAGGAGCCGGAGGACCCGGCCACCAAGUCCUUCUUCUCGGAGAUCACCUCCUCCAUCGCCUCCGCGCGCUUCUCUCGAGACGGGCGCAACAUCGUCACGCGCGACUACCUCUCCGUGCGCAUCUGGGAUGUGCGGGUAGAGACGCGGCCGCUCAAGACGAUAGCGAUGCACGAGCACUUGCGGCCGAAGCUGUGCGACCUCUACGAGAAGGACUGCAUCUUCGACAAGUUCGAGUGCUGCUUCAACCACAAUGCGACGCACGUCCUCACCGGCUCGUACCAGAACCGCUUCCACCUCCUCUCCGCCGACGGCUCCACGCCGGACCUCGCGCUCGAGGCGUCGCAGACUCCGUACCGGAGGGCGAGCGCGCCGCCGCUGUACUCGGCCGCCGAUCUGCCGCCCGACUUUUCGCGGCGCGUCCUGCACACGGCCUUUCACCCGCAGCAUAACGUCGCCGCCAUCGCCGCGACCUCCACUCUCUACAUCAUGAACGGUACGUAGCUCGUCCAGCCUAGGCCUCGGGAGCUUGUCGCUCACGGGGCCCGAGGCAGCAUAAUGAGAUUGGCCGCGAGCGGGGCCGCGGGACGAGGACGGGUCGGCGCCGCCGUGACGACCCGUCCCCCUCUUUCCACCCGCCCUGCGCUUCGCUGUGGCCCGAGAGCUCUCGCGCGAGCGACGACCUCGCAUGUGUGCGGCGCUCGGAAGUCGGAUGAUUACAAGAGCGACACGCGCGCGUGUGUGCGCCUCUCUCUCGUCCCCUACCAUGUUAUGUGUGUGUACAGCCGCCGGUGUAAAACACGCGUGUCUUGUAUCUCUCCCCACUCCGGGCGCGAUUAUUUAUGAUAAACGACGAUGUGUC